AUGUCCGGUCGCGGCAAAGGGGGUAAAGGCCUAGGAAAAGGGGGCGCCAAGCGCCACCGGAAAGUUCUGCGCGACAACAUCCAGGGCAUCACUAAACCCGCUAUCCGGCGCCUGGCCCGCCGCGGCGGGGUUAAGCGCAUCUCCGGCCUCAUCUACGAGGAGACCCGCGGGGUGCUCAAGGUGUUCUUGGAGAACGUGAUCCGGGACGCCGUCACCUACACCGAGCACGCUAAGCGCAAGACCGUCACGGCCAUGGACGUGGUCUACGCGCUCAAACGCCAGGGCCGUACCCUGUAUGGCUUCGGCGGGACAGGGUUCCAUAGCUUCUUAUAUACUGUUACAUUUGAAAUUAAUGCCACAUACAAUGUGUGUAUGUCCAAAAGUCAUUUGACAACGUCGGGGCGUGGCAAAGGAGGUAAAGGCCUAGGAAAAGGGGGCACCAAGCGCCACCGGAAGGUCCUGCGCGACAACACCCAGGGCAUCACCAAGCCCGCUAUCCGGCGCCUGGCCCGCCGCGGCGGGCUUAGGCGCAUUUCCGACCUUGUCUACGAGGAGACCCGCGGGGUGCUCAAGGUGUUCUUGGAGAACGUGAUCCGGGACGCCGUCACCUACACGGAGCACGCCAAACGCAAGACCGUCACGGCCAUGGACGUGGUCUACGCGCUCAAACGCCAGGGCCGUACCCUGUAUGGCUUCGGCGGCUAA